AGGGAAAAGGGGUUGAAUCCAUGCUCCUUCUCCCAGGCCCAGCUCCCUACCUGGCAGGGUCCACUGCUCCCAGAACUGUGCUGCUCCCCUGAGCACCUGUUCUAUGCUGGGCUGUGUGUCCAGCCCCCUGGACAGGCCGACAGGAUGAGGAGAACACGGUGCAGCCACUUUGCAGGGAGUGCCGGAGCCCAUUGUGCAUUCUUCCUGGGGAAUGAGAUCAAGACACCACCUCCCGGGGUGUGUGGUCUUGCAGCCCCCGGAGGAGAGGGACCCCCGGGCCUGCCUGUGCUCCAAAGCUCACCUAACCCCUGACCUGGGGCACUUUAGGGUCCCUUCCACGCCCUCACUUCUACGGUGUCAGACGCUCACCCAGACAGGAGCCCCUGACUCACAAGAGAGCUCCUCCCCUUCCAGGUGGGCUGUGGUAGGAGGCUCCAGGAGGCCUCCCAGAGGCCCCUCCAGUGGAGUGCAGACCCCUUGAGUUAUAGCUCUAACCACCACACUUGUCUUUGCCAGGUUCCUCUUCUGGAGACCAGGAACUGGUCACGCAUCUGUGUCCCCAGUGCCCAGCCUGGCAGGGAGUGGGUGGCAGCCUUGAAGGGUGAAGGAGGAAAGAAAUGCAUGAAUCAGCGAGUGGGUGGGGUAGUCCGGCUGGGCCAUGCAGGCCAGCCCAGCCCCUGACAGUCUCGUGUCCCUUGCAGAUGUGCUGGUGGACGGACAGCCGUGUGACUGUGAGUCUGCGGCGGCCUGCCAGGUAGGCGACCCCGUGCGCCUGGAAGUGCGGCUGACCAACCGGAGCCCGCGCAGCGUAGGGCCCUUCGCCCUCACCGUGGUCCCCUUCCAGGACCACCAGAAUGGCGUGCACAACUACGACCUGCACGACACCAUCUCCUUCGUGGGCUCCAGCACCUUCUACCUCGACGCGGUACAGCCAUCUGGCCAGUCGGCCUGCCUCGGGGCCCUCCUCUUCCUCUACACGGGCGACUUCUUCCUCCACAUCCGCUUCCACGAGGACAGCACCAGCAAGGAGCUGCCACCCUCUUGGUUCUGUCUGCCCAGCGUGCACGUGCGCGCCCUGGAGGCGCAGGCCUGAGCCCGCCCACUUCCGUCCCUGUUUCUGCAGGGCCAGAGGUGACCCAGCCUGGCUUCCCACACCCCCUGCGAUGAGCAAGGCCUUCACUGCAGCCCUGUCUCCCCCUCCUUCCCCAACCCCCACCCAGCCCUCUCCUCCCAUUCCUCCUGUAGCAUCUUUGCUGGGCUACGCAGAAGCCCCCAGACAUGGCAGCCCCACCCCGUGCCACACCCCUUCCCACACUGUUCCCUGGAUUAUGCCGGAGCAGAGGAAACCCCAGAGUGGGUGCCCAUUCAGCCCAGGUCCCAGGAUCCCUGCAUCCGUUUAUGUGACCGGGGGCCCCAGCCUUGCUGUGCUGCUCACUCCAGCAGAGGGACCUCCCUCAUCCAGCCACUUCCCUUUGGCCAUAGAAAGAAACGGUGAGCAUGAGGCUGGGCACAGCCUGAGGGCGUGGGCAGCUUCCCUCCCUCCCUGGGCCUUGGAAUCCCCCAAGGCUGGUUUUCUUCCUGGAGACCCCCAUGGGCAACUUGGCAGGAGAGAUGGUGCCGUAGGUGGUCAUGGAUGGUUUACACCAAGAGAAGCCUUCCACCCAUGGUGGGCAAAUGUCCAGGCCUGGGCUGCCAGCCCAGGGCUGUUUCUGGGUGCUCCCUGGCCCCAGGGUGGUAUCUGGGUACCGUGGCUAUGUGUAUCCAUGUCUGUGAACAGUUCUUCAAUAAAUGGCCUGCCUCCUCCUCC